AUGCUUCAAAUAUGGCCAUCAAUCUCUGUACAAAGUCAUUCAAACACACAACCAAUUUAUUCAUUAAAUCAACAUCAAGCUGCUGUAAAAGCACUUGCAUGGUGUCCUUGGCAGAAUAAUAUUCUUGCUAGUGGAGGUGGCACUGCUGAUAGAACUAUUCGAUUUUGGAAUUGUAAUACAGGUGCAUGUUUAAAUAUGGUAGAUACGAAGUCACAAGUAUGUUCUUUGCUUUGGUCUACAACGUAUAAGGAGAUUGUAUCUGGUCAUGGAUAUGCACAGAAUCAGUUAACAAUCUGGAAAUACCCCGCAAUGACGAAGGUCGCAGAACUUACAGGUCAUUCUAGUCGCGUUCUACAUUUAGCAAUGUCUCCAGAUGGUACUACAAUACUUAGUGCAGGAGCUGAUGAAACCUUAAGAUUAUGGAAAUGUUUCCUACCUGAUCCACACAAGAAGAAAGAUACAAAUGAAAUAAAAUCUGUUGCGUCUAGACUUAAGCAAUCGAUUCGAUAA